CUUCCAACUUACCACCAACUGCUCUUGCCAUGGAGAACUUAUUCGCUAUCACUGGGAAAGGAUAUGUUAUCGUUGCCGCAGACACGACAUCUGCACGCUCCAUCGUCAAAAUGAAGGUUGACGAAGACAAAAUCAAAGUCCUCAGUCCUCAUUUACUCAUGGCGUAUUCUGGUGAACCAGGUGACACCAUUCAAUUCUCUGAAUAUGUCGAGCGCAACAUUCGUCUUUUCCAAAUACGCAAUACGUACCCUCUAGGCCCCUCAGCGGCCGCGUCAUGGAUCCGGAGAUCUCUAGCAGAGUCUCUACGCUCGCGAAAACCUUAUGCCGUCAACCUGCUACUUGGAGGUUAUGAUACAAACAAGCAUGAACCUCAUCUGUUUUGGGUGGAUUAUCUUGGAACAAUGACGGAGGUGCCGUUUGCCGCGCAUGGCUACGGAAGCUAUUUUGUUUUGAGUUUACUGGAUCGGUACCAUAAUCCUGAAGCGUCGCUGGAAGAAGGUCUCGCAACCCUCAAACGAUGCAUCGCCGAAGUGACGAAACGUGUAGUUGUCAGUCCUGGGCAAUACAAAGUCAAAGUCGUAGACAAGGACGGCGCGAGAGAGAUAGAAAUUUGAAUAAGAGACCGUUGCUGUUACGGGGCGGACAGGCUGUUACUGCUGUAAGAGUGUAUUAAUCACGCAAUGGGACUGCAUCCUUCUUACUGAAUGCUCACAUGGCCUCAUUUUCCGCCAGAACAUGUUGUUAGUGACAAGCGCCGAUUUUCGUACAUACUUAAAUGUUCCACAGGUACGGCGAUGGAAAACAUGUUUCUGUUCGCAUGUUUUCCUCUUAG